GAUAUCAAAUGCACCAGUGUAUAUAUAUAUAUAUAUAUAUAAGCAAUAAGACUACUUUGACUACAGUCCUUUUUCUAUUAUUAUGGGAUAUUUUUUUAAUCAACAAAUAUACUUGUAGUGCGCUAGUUUUUGGUCACGUUGCUGUAUUUUUAAGUCAGAACACACCGUUGUUGGCUCAUGUUCAAAGUUCAUCGUCUUUGCUAACAACGGCAUGGAGUUAGCAGAGGCUGACAGGUGCUGCUGUGUAGUCACUGUGUCCGAGGACUUUUCUGGCAAAAAAUCUGUAAGUUUUAGCGGCGUCAUCGUUCAUCCUCAAUCUGGAACAAUAAUAUGCGCAGGCCUCCCGUUUUCACGUUUUAUUGUCGAUAAAACGAGUCUAAAUGUAAACGACAGGCUCAUAACACCACACAGUUUGAGUAAAAAACUCCAAAUCCGUGUCAGCUUUGGUCCUCUGCGAAACUUGGACAUCAGCGACUGUGCACAAGAGCCGACUGAUGCAGAAGUAUCCAGAAGUAGAGCAACACAGCAUGAAGCUGCAGCCGAGGUGCAGAUGCUGGUGAAGUGUGUGGAGUUCAGACAGGCCUUUCAAACUGUUUUCCACGAGGCUCAUCAGUGGCGUUUCCAUGGUGAUGAAGAGGAUGAGGUGAUGCUUAGAGAUGCUCAGUUCCUCAGCUGGUUUGCAGUGCUCAAGGCCAGAUCUUUGGCAGACUGUGGUCCAGGCUCAGGCACCAUCCCCUGGCAGAGCAGCUCCUGUCUCCAGAAAGGACGUCCAGUUCUUGCAUGUGGGACACCUUUCGGCUCCUUCUGCUUGGAUCUCUUCACCAGCAGCCUCAGCAGAGGUAUCAUCAGUAACUUAGCAGGAGAGGACAAUGCUGUCAUCCUCACAGAUGCCCGCUGCUUGCCAGGCACAGAGGGUGGAGGGUUAUUCCUGCUAAAAGGUGCAGACAGAGUGCGCCUUAUCGGGCUGAUUGUGUCUCCAUUUGGCUGGAAGGCAAACGAGUGGAUAGGCCUGUCUCUUGUCUGCUCCAUCCAUUUGAUCUUUAAGAACAUCAUCCGCUGUGUUGGCACGGAAGAUCCACUCCAAGAUACAGUCCUCCAAGAGAGAGAGAAGCUCAUCCACAUGUCAACAGCAGCCCAUGAGUCACAAUGUGUUGACUUCCCCACUGUGUGUUUGGUGGACAGUGGGAGGUUGUGGGGUUCAGGUGUUGUUGUCAGUCCUCAGCUGGCUCUGACCUGCCGCCAUGUCGUCAACGGGACGUCACCUGUCACCCUCAAGUUUCACCAUCGGGGCAGAUUCCAUGAUGUUGUAGGUGACGUGCUGUUUUCCACUAAGGAGUCUUCUCCCUAUGAUCUGGCUUUGGUGCAGAUGAGAGACCCUGCUGUUCCGGUUGCAGUCCCCCAACUGGCUCAGUGUUUUAAUCCAGGUGAGCCUGUAGUUGUGGUGGGUUUCGGUGGAGUGGGUCGGAGCUGUGGCCCGUCCCUGACCCGUGGCGUACUCUCCAAGUUCAUCAGCUGUCACUUCCAGCCUGUCAUGCUUCAGACCACCUGUGCAGUCCAAGCAGGGACCAGUGGGGGCGCUGUGGUGCGCCCAUGGUCAGGAGAGCUACUGGGUAUCGUAUCCAGUAACACCAGAGAUUUUGCUGCCAAAGUGACCUACCCACACCUCAACUUCAGCAUUCCAGUGACUGUAUUUCAAAGAGUGCUGCAGAUCUUUAACCAAACAAAGGAUGUGAACGUGUUUAAGGAGUUGGACAACACAAAUGGAGAUGUCAGAAGAGUGUGGAGGCUACAAAGUGAUCAGAGCAAACUAUAGCAUACGAGUUUAUAUUGAUAAUAUGAAUGAAAAACCACACUAAACUGAAUUUAAUAUAAUUUAAACAAAUAUAGUCCUAUAAAUUAUGAAUGAAAGAGUUAAAUUAAGUUCUUAAAUAAUCUCAAACCAGACUAAUUCUUAUCAGUGAAGGCAAAACAUCGGCUGCAUUACACUCACCACCGCAGAGCUGUUAUUCCAGUGAGAUGAGAGGAUGUAUUUCAGCUCAGUCCAGACCUACUGCAGAGCAAUAAAGGCACAAACUCACAGAGGGGGGAAAUAAAAGCAGCUAAAACAAUAGGCAUCCUCUCCUAAUGUUGACUCUCAAACCCAUGCUGUAAACAGUGAGGAAUAUUGAAAA